AAGGAAACACAGAUUAGCACAGAUAGAAAUAGAGAAGCAGUGAGGGUACAAAAGUCAUUAUCCUAUUCACUGCUGAGCACAACAUUCAGGGACGGACACAGAUUUCAAAAUGCCAUUUUUGUUGCUGUUGGUGACACUGACAGCAUGUGCUGCAAGUCCUCAAGAUCUGUCAGGUAAAAUGUUCACCUUUCCCCAAGAAACCAACACAGCUCGUGUGAUUCUGACACCAUCACCAAUACAGGAAUUGAGUGCCUUAACCAUCUGUCACAGGUCCUUUACAGACCUCAAACGAGACCACGCCCUUUUCUCUUUGGCCACACAAUCUAAUUCCAAUGCCUUACUGAUUUUCUGGGACGAAACCAACAAGGAGAUCGAGCCCCAUAUCAGGGAUAAAAAGACAGAAUAUAGAGGGCAGGACUACAAACCGAACAUGUGGCACUCCGUUUGUACCACAUGGGACUCUGCGUCUGGACUGGUGCAGCUGUGGUUUGAUGGACAACCUUCGAUUAGGAAAUAUGUCAGCUCUGGAGCAAUCAGAGGAUCCACCAUGAUUAUCUUAGGACAGGAGCAGGAUACCCAUGGUGGGGGGUUUGACCUGAAGCAGUCUUUCGUUGGCAUGAUGUCUGAUGUCCACAUGUGGGACUACAUCCUCUCCCCGUGUGAGAUGCAGAAGUAUGUGGAUGAUCUAAACUUCACUUCAGGGAAUGUGCUCAACUGGAGUGCGAUGGAAUUCCAGAUUAUAGACAGAGUGCUGAUUGAAGAUAAACUAAUGACCUGUCACUAAAAUUUAAAACAAUACUAUCUAUAUAUUAGAAAGACAGAAAUCACAUUUUCUGCACUGUUAUGUUCAAUGUAAAGUAUAAGUUACCAAUGUCAGUAUGCUAUGUUAAAUCAUUGUUUGCAAAAGGACCUUUACUGAUUUAUGUUAAUACAAUAAUUACAUGAAAGAGUUAUUGUGGUCUGAUUAUUUUACCUGUCCGUACCAUGAAGACAUCUCUUCUUAACAUGACUGUGCUGUAGAAGAUGGGGAAAAUAUCGGCAGUUCUCAUUCUGUGUAAAGAUCCAUUCCAAGGUUGAGCUCAAGCUACAAUGAGACUUCUGGCAUGCAAAAUCCAAACCUUUAGCUUAUUGUAAGGACACUUUUCUUUAAAUGGUUGUAUUAGAUUACUUAUGUCUUUGGCAAUAAUGUAUCUUUAAAAUAAAAAUGAGAAGUGCAAAAGUCAGUGGAUUUCAAGCACAGUAUUUUAUGUUAUUAUAGCAGCAUGCAGAGAUACAUAGUUCUUCAAUCAGUGCCAGCCUAUAAAGAAUAUAGGAUAUAUCAUCUUUACCCAGAUAUUUACCCCAUCUAACACUUUGUCUGGGGUUGGCCGACAACAUAUUUUCUGUAUGGCUCAUUCUUGCUGCCCAAAUACUAUUUUCAAACUAAAAUUGAAAGGUGGUUAAGUUGCUCCAUGCCUGCUGAUUGUGUAAGUAGCUUUUUAAAGUGUUAGACAACUUCAUACAUCUGUUCAGUGGAUCUGUCAGCUUGUUUUCAAGGUCCUCUGCCCCCUACUGGCCAACAUUUAAUAAAUGCAGCUUUGACUGAG